AUGUCAACCGAGUCCAAGUGGUGUGCGGUCACCGGCGGGCGGGGAUUCAUGGCGAGGCAUCUGGUGGCAGCGCUGCUCCGUUCAGGCGAGUGGUGCGUGCGCAUCACAGACCUCGCCCCUGAAGCCACCCUCGACGACGCAGAGAAGGAGGGGCUCCUCGGCGCCGCCCUCCGCGAUGGCCGUGCAGUCUACGCCUCAACGGACGUCUGCGACAUAGCGCAACUGACCAGAGAUUUUGAAGGAGUGGAUGUUGUUUUCCACACUGCUGCUGCAGAUCCUUCAACGAACAACAUCCAACUUCAUUAUAAAGUCAACCUCGAAGGGACAAGGAAUGUCAUUGAUGCUUGUAAGGCAUGCAAGGUUAAGAAGCUCAUAUACACUAGUUCGUGUGGUGUGGUAUUCGAUGGCGUUCAUGGCCUCUUCGACGUAGAUGAAUCAGUACCAUAUCCAGAAAAGUUUCCUGAUGCAUAUACAAGAACAAAAGCAGAAGCAGAGAGGCUAGUGAUGAAGGCAAACGACAAGGAUGAGCUUCUAACAUGUUGCAUACGUCCUGGUACUAUUUUUGGUCCUGGUGACACGGUAGUACCAGCUUUAGUUUCUUGUGGAGGAACGAUGAUAAUAAUUGGCAAUGGGAAGAAUUAUGAUGACUUUGUGUAUGUUGAGAAUGUUGUCCAUGCACAUAUAUGUGCCGAGAAAACUCUUUCAACCGAAGAGGGAGCAACUAAGAGUGGAGGCAAAGCCUACUUCAUAACUAAUAUGGAACCAAUGAAUAUGUGGGACUUUUUAUAUUCCAUUCUAGAAAAACUUGGAUACAAAAGCAUAUCUAAAAUAAGGAUACCUUCGUAUAUUCUAAUACCAAUAACCCAUGUGUUAGAGUGGAUCUCAGAUAAACUUAACAAACUCUAUGGAAUGCGUCAAUCUGAUCACAUGCUUACAUCCUCAAGGAUAAAGUAUGUAACACUAAAUAGAACAUUCAAUUGCAACAAAGCAACUGAAGAACUCGGUUACAUGCCGAUUGUAUCUCUCAAGGAAGGCGUAGAGAUAACUACUAAAUUUUAUGGUCACUCGAGAGCAUGAGAUAUAUUCGUGAGGAUAUCCAAAGCAAAAAAAGCUAGCACCAACCAUGGGGACCUCGCAUCAUCAGAUCGGGAUCUACAAAAACAAUGUCUACAUUGACAUCUAUUUCAAUCCUAUUCUAGAGCGUGGAAAUAUGAUAUGUUGAACAAACAACUUAUGGACAACACAAGGUCAUGAUUGAGUUAGG